AUGGCGAGUGCGAGUGAUAGAGCUGCUGAGUAUACAAAUUCCUCUAGUGACAGCCCGGAUACACCCGGGACUCCAAGCAGCAAUGAAUCUGUUGUCCCUGAAGAGUUUUAUGCGUUUAAAAAUUUGAUAUGCCCGGAGUUGUUUAGAGAGACUAUACCUCGUAACACUAGUGCGCUGGGAUUGCUGCCUCAUGGUCAGACCUCGAGAGUGAGCUCCAUUGAGGAGGUUGCACUGUUCAUGCAAACGAUUGACAUGCAUAAACGACAACGCGACAAUAUGGAGCGAUUCCAACACUCACUUGAGACUAUUCACCGUAGAUUCCACCGGGUGCUUUCCGCUUUGUGCGCUAUGGCACCCGAGCUAAUCACUUGCCCCAAUUUUACAGACACUCAUCAAAGGGUGGCUAGCAAUCAAGAUUUCUACCCAUACUUUAAGGAUUGUGUCAGAGCGAUGGACGGUGCAUUGGUCCCUGCAUGGGUCCUGCAAAUAGAUCAGAAUCGAUAUCGAUCUCGAAGUGCAGCUGAUGCCCGUGUCUUGAACCAUGCUAUAUCACAGGACCCAGCUUUCCCUUUUCCUCCAAAUGGCAAGUACUAUCUAGUGGAUGCUGGAUUUACAAACUACCAAUGUUUUCUUGCGCCUUACCGAGGUACUAGAUACCACCUAGCCGAGUAUAGGGGCCAUGGUCGCCGAUACCGUACCCCACAGGACCUAUUUAACCAUGCCCAUUCUCGUUUGCGAAAUGUAAUUCAACAUUGCUUUGGAGUACUGAAAAAGCGAUUUUCAAUAUUGCAGUGGGGGAUGCCGAGCUACCUUCUUCAACACCAAGUGGAUUUAGUUAUCGCUUGUUGUACACUUCACAACUUCAUCCGUAGGUUCAGUCAUGAUGACAUCAUUUUCAACGAACCAGAAGAUGAAAUUCCUCCUGAUAUGGAUGCAUUUUACCAUAGAGGAUAUCCUACCGUGACUGAAUUAGAAGCACAACGUAUAUUCCGUGACAACAUAGCGAUGCAGAUGUGGGCAUCUUAUAAUCCAAUGUAG